AUGGGUGUCACAAACAAGAAGACAAUCACCAAGACAAGGCGCAAGACUCGAGACGUCGACCAGGUCAAGGCCGACCUCAUGUCACCCAAGCAUUUGAAGCAAUUCAUGGAGACGAAGGCUGCUGAGGAUCUUCCCGGCCUUGGGCGUCACUAUUGCGUUGAGUGCUCCAAAUGGUUUGAUACGGAUGCUACUCUGGUAUCGCAUCAAAAGGGAAAGCCUCAUAAGAGAAGAGUCAAGCAGAUCGCCGAAGGGCCAUACACUCAACAGGAGGCUGAAGCUGCCGUCGGCUUGCGAACAGACAACGGCGACCGAAAGCGCACAUUUGCCGACCAAGAUAAUGAUGUUGCCAUGGACGCCUAA